CUAUGACAGCGGGGCGGGUACACACACACACACACACACACACACUUCCUCAAACACUCCGUGUGCUCAGUUCUCCGGUCCGCCGCAUACUUUGUUAAGCAGAAGUCAGGAGUUCGUGUACCGCAGAUUUUCUCGGCCGCGUCUCUGUGGUGUGUGUUGGCAAUGGCUCCGUUCCUGCGGAUCUCCUUUACCGAAUAUAGUUUGGGAACGCUUCCUCCUUUGCCCGAUGCACCGUUUUGUGCCAUCAAAAUGAAGGAGUCUCUCACCACGGAGCGGGGAAAGACUCUGGUCCAGAGGAAGCCCACCAUGUACCCCGAAUGGAAGUCCACCUUCGAUGCUCAUAUCUACGAAGGCCGUGUGAUCCAGGUUCUCCUGAUGAAGACGGCCGAAGAGCCUCUCUCCGAGGCCACGGUUGGCGUAUCGGUGCUCGCCGAGCGCUGCAAAAAGGGCAACGGCCGAGCAGAAUUCUGGGUAGACCUGCAGCCCUCUGGAAAGGUCAUGAUGUCUGUGCAGUUCUUUGUUGAAGAUAAUGACUCGGAGAGCAAAGCGUCAAUCAGCGAGAAGGAAGAGGACGGGAUUUUAACACUGAAACGACGAAGAGGAGCCAUCAAACAGGCCAAGGUUCACUUCAUCAAAAACCACGAGUUCCUCGCCACCUUUUUCAAACAGCCGACGUUUUGCUCCGUCUGCCGAGAGUUCGUCUGGGGACUUAAUAAACAGGGCUACAAAUGCAGACAAUGCAAUGCGGCCAUUCACAAGAAAUGCAUUGAUAAGAUCAUCGGGAGAUGCACAGGAACGGCAACCAACAGCCGAGACACCGUGUUCCAGAAAGAGCGCUUCAAGAUCGACAUGCCACAUCGCUUCAAGACACACAACUACAUGAGUCCUACCUUCUGCGAUCACUGUGGAAGUCUGCUAUGGGGAAUGGUCAAGCAAGGUCUGAAAUGUGAAGAUUGUGCGAUGAACGUCCACCACAAAUGCCAGACUAAAGUUGCCAACCUCUGUGGUAUAAACCAGAAACUUCUAGCCGAAGCCCUGAAUCAAGUUAGCUUGAAAUCCUCCACAAAGCGCCCGGAUCCCACUCUAUCGGACAUCGGCAUCUAUCAGGAUAUAGCCAAAAAUGUACCGCUGGACCCAAGUGGAGACCUUAACAAACUGUGGGACGGUCACACUCCCACACCUUCCACCAUUCCACACCAAACACAUUCCACAUACCUGUCCAUUGACCAGUUUGAAUUCCACAAAGUGUUGGGUAAAGGCAGCUUUGGCAAGGUGCUGCUGGCAGAGCUGAAGGGCCGGGGCGAGUUCUUUGCAGUGAAGGCGCUGAAGAAGGACGUGGUGCUAAUGGACGAUGACGUGGAGUGCACGAUGGUGGAGAAAAGGGUGUUGGCGUUAGCCUGGGAAAACCCCUUCCUCACGCACCUCUACUCCACCAUCCAGACCAAGGAGCACUUAUUCUUCGUGAUGGAGUAUCUAAAUGGAGGAGAUUUGAUGUUUCACAUUCAGGACAAAGGCAGAUUUGAUCUAUACAGAGCUACGUUUUAUGCUGCUGAAAUUGUUUGCGGCCUGCAGUUCCUUCAUUCCAAAGGCAUUAUAUACAGGGACCUGAAACUGGAUAAUGUGAUGUUGGACAAAGACGGCCACAUUAAGAUUGCAGACUUUGGCAUGUGUAAGGAGAAUGUAUUCGGAGAGCAUCGUGCCACCACUUUCUGUGGAACACCCGAUUACAUCGCACCAGAGAUCUUACUAGGGCAGAAAUACACAUUCUCAGUGGACUGGUGGUCAUUCGGAGUGCUUAUUUACGAGAUGCUGAUUGGCCAGUCACCGUUCCAAGGUGACGAUGAGGACGAGCUGUUUGAGUCGAUCAGGAUGGACACGCCUCAUUUCCCACGCUGGAUCACCAAGGAGGCCAAGGACCUGAUGGAAAAGUUAUUCGAGCGAGAGCCGACCCGCCGACUUGGUGUUGUGGGAAACAUUCGUGGACAUCCCUUCUUCAAGACAAUUAACUGGAUUGUCCUGGAGAAGCGAGAAGUGACUCCCCCCUUCAAGCCUAAAGUGAAAUCUCCCAGCGACUGCAGCAACUUCGACCGCGAGUUCCUGAGCGAGAAGCCCCGCCUCUCCCAAGGCGACAAGAACCUGAUCGACUCCAUGGACCAAUCGGCGUUCGCCGGUUUCUCGUUCAUCAACCCCACGAUGGAGUCCAUUCUGGGGAAAUGAAAUUAGUCUCUUGUUGCUGUGAACAAGACAUCACCACACACACACACACACACACACACACACACACACACACACACCAGUGUUACACAGCCACUAAAGGUCUAAACCACAAAUACUAACGUUUCCUUGACCUAGUGCUCUCCGAUCAAGCUUGCUCUUCUGCUGUGUAAUAGAUCAGGAAACCUCAAACGCAGCAGCUCGCAAAGAAAUGCCACAGUGCCCCCUAGGGACCGAGUACUAAAUAUGGUUACGGUUCUCUUUCUCAUGAAUGCAAUCCAGUUAACUGUAUCUGAUGUACUGUAUUUUGGUGUUGACAUAUAGGAAGUUGUGCAAGUGCUAAAUGUGUAAACUAUUUGGUUGGACACACAAACGAAAGCCGCUCCCAUUUUCAGCCCUAAUCCGUGUUUUCCAGGUGGAAUCCAGAUGCCAACCUUGUUUGGCCUGGAUUUAUGUAGUAUCCCAACACCACUAGUUUUGCUUAUUCAUAAGCAGUGUUGCUGUAAUUGUUUCCCCUAGUAGUGUUGUUUUUUUUAACGCCUUGCUUUUACACCAGGAUUCCCCUUAAACCAAGAAGCAGGGGUGCUCGAUGAAGCACUUUUUGCUAAUUAUUAUUUUUUUAUUUUUUGAGGCUCACUUUCCCACUAUCUCCAAAAUUGGAGCCAAAAUCAAUCCUGCUAAUCCACUCCUUAGACCUAGAAACAGCAGCCAGAAAGAAAUCAUGCUAUUAUAGUCUACGGUACUACAUUUUGCUACGUAAUAAACAGUUGGUGGAGGUUUAAUAUCCGCAUCAAUUAAUCAUUGAGAUCUAGUGUAUGUAAUGUUAUUAAACAGGUAGGUGUUUACAAAAUAAAAGACUGUAUAUAAAUAAAUAAAUACAUAUAUGUAUGUAUAUUGUUCUGAACUGUUUUCAUUGUUGGGAAGAUAAGGAUGUUUUUUUAUAUAUAUAGUUACUCUUCAGAACUCCGUAUAAUAAAAAGAAAGCAUAUCCCACGAGCCUGGGGUCAUCAUG